AUCAUGCAUCAUUGUCUAAUAUGCUAGCAAUAAAGUAUGCAGGAUGCACGUGUGAAUGAACCUGGAUGUAGUUGGCGUUGACGUAGUCAGAGCCUUCUAUACCUUCAAUUACAUGGAGUGAGACACGCGUGUAUUCAAAUGGAAUGAUAUCCUUGAAUCUGUUCUUCUUUCUGUUGACAGAAAGUUGGCCACUCUCUGCAGGAUAGGUGUUCUGUUCUCUGUAACCAGCAGACUGCGCUUUCAGUCGGAUAAACUCUCUCAGGAACGCCUCUUCGUUCUCCACGCUCUUCAGCUUCUCGUAGAUCUCCAGGAAUACCUCGAGCUUGCUCUCGAAGCUCGACAUGUCUCUGUCAAACUUCUGCGGAUGAUCGAUCAUCGAUCGAUGGUUAGAUGAUCGCGUGAGCGAAGGAACGCCCCCGCAUUCAUUUGUCUCCAUUCCGCGUCAACAUCUAAUUCGGGAACGGACGUCUGGACGCGGUGUUUAUUGCUGGGCAUUAUUUAGAACCGCUUCCUCCGCGAUCGGUCCCACCUUUCUAGCUGUGCUAACUUCGGGAGCCCCCCGUGACGAGUGUGCGUGCCAUCCAGCGCAAAGUCUUGCUCCGAGACAAGAUGGCGGCUCUAGCCAGCUCUUCAACAGCAGAAGGCAUCGAAGACGCGUCAGACGUGGUCAAAUCAAAGCCCCAGUCUGCUGCGCUGCGAGCUCAGCGGCGUGCCAGUGAGACGGACCCGGGAGGAGACGGCGACGAGGGAAGGAGGAUGGGGUUGUUGCAACCGAGCAGCAGCCCCAACGGCGAGGUCCCGGGCAGCGGUGUUCUGGAGUCUGUGAAUCUCAACGAGCCACCGCCGCAGAGAAGCAGCAACAGCGAUUCUGACGGUAGCGGUAGCCAGACGGUGCUCCUUCGACGAGGUGGAGAAGGAGGAGGGGGAAGGACACCCGUUGUGGACAGGCUCGAGUCCCUCCGUUUCAGCUCUCGCAUCGACUUCACGCAGACCGACACGUUCAGAGUGGGAGGGAAGACGUGCACGGUCACUCUGGAGGAGGACAGGAUUACCUGGGCUCCUGUGAAAUCCUCUGGUAAAGAGUGUCUCUAUCUGAGUGACAUAUUUGCGGUAAUCCCCAGCCCCCCACGAUCUCGCGGUCCUCGAAGACUCAGCUCCAGUUCCAUGGAGUCGUGCUGCGAGUUCACCAUCCACGCCCUCAGGGCGGUGCCGGGCAGCCCGGGCGUUCUCACAAAACUCACGUUCAGGAGCACAAAGACGACGUCGGUGACGGACGCCUGCGAUAUUUGGGUGCAACAAAUAAAACACCAGUUACAAAAUUUCGGGAACCGGCCGCGGCGACUGUAUGUAGUGGUGAACCCUGCCAGUGGCGAGGGGACGGCUCUGAGGGUGUGGUCAAAGGUCGAGCGCCUCUUCCAACUCACCCACAUCACCACGGAGAUAUUGUUUACCGAUGGCCGAAUGUACGGCAGAGACGUGCACCAUGCCACUGACUUACUCCGCAACUGUGACCUCUCCCAAUACGAUGGUGUGGUGGCAGUAGGAGGCGACGGAACAGUAAACGAGGUGCUCACGGCUCUAGUCAUGCAGGCUCAGGUCCAAUCAGGAGUCAACACUCGGCGGUCUCGUUUCGCCCCCGUCUCAGUCAACCAGAGGCUGGGGAUCGUACCCACCGGGCUGACAAACUCGGUCGCUCGCUCCAUUCUCGGGUGUAUGGAUCCGUACGUUGCGGCAGCACAGAUCAUGCUGGGAUGCAACACACCAAUGGACGUGUCCAGCAUAAGUCGUAACGGACAGCUCCAGAUGUUCUCGGCCGGAGUCAUGGCCUACGGUUUCUGGUCAGACAUGAAGCUCUUCAGUCAGGACUUUGCCUGGCUCGGGACUCGGCGCUACAACGCUGCCAUCAUACGAACACUCAUCUCUCAUAGAUCAUUUGAUGUGGAGCUGUCAUACGUCCCCAUUGAGGAGCCCACUUCCUUUUUGGAGAAGCGAGAGAGAUGCUUCAGUCGGUGCAACAAGUGUGCCAACUUUGACUGCAGUCUGGAGUCCCCGGCCUCUGCUUGCCACAAGGGGGCCUCCGUCCUGGCCACCUACUCCGAGGAAGACACCAUUGACCAGAAACACUGGAGGAAGCUGACCGGCCAUUUCUCCAACGUCAUGGUGUGUCCGCACGCCUGCUCUACCCACCACGCCCCCCUCGGGUUCUCCCCGUACGGUCACCUCGGUAACGGCGGGACGGACAUUGUACUGCUGAGUCGCUGCUCGAAGCUGAGCCAUGCUCGCUGGCUCCUGCGACAAAAGAAGAGCCGGGACAUGUUUGAUCUGCCGUACCUGCAAAUCCUGCGAGUGAAGGAGUUCAAGUUUCGUGAGGUCCCGAGAACGAGAGCCCUCGCAGAGGAGGAAGAGGAGGGGACAAGAGACAGAGAGAGAUCUGUAGACAAUCUCAUGCAAGAGGAUGAUGAUGAUGAGGUUACAAACCAGAGAGGCAGCUCCAUAAGAAGAAGAGAGCAGGAGCAGAGAGAGAGGGAGGGAGGUGGGAGAGGAGGAGGAGGGGGAGGGGCACAGGCUAGUGAGACACGCCCCCUUUCGUCGCGAUGGAACAUCGACGGAAAUGAAAUACAACACAGCGACAUUGAAGUCAGAGUUCAUCGCCAUCUCAUCUCCAUGCUGGCUCGUGGCGUGGAGCCCCUCCCAUCACCACCCGACAACGACCCUGACUACGGUCACCGUGACGACAGCAGAACUGAUCAACAACCUGCUGAGCAAUCAGGCAUGAUCUAAUUAUAGUGUUCAAUGUUUUUUUGUAAAGGAUACCGCUAUAUAUAUAUAUAUAUAUAUGUAGCGUCUUAGUUUGCCCCAGUGUUGGUGUGUUUUGUAUUUUUGAUCAAAUUCAUUAGAUGCUGUUUUUGUUAUCAUGUUCAUCAGUCUCUUUCUCAAUCAAAAUUCUUCUUAUAUUUUGUGGAUUAAAAAUAAUGAAUAAAUACAAUGUUGAAAAAAACGAACAUUUCCAGCUACUAUGGCGAUCAGACCAACACCGACUGCAGUAUACAGAUUGAGGUGUUUGCCUUCAUGAUAACCGGAAGUACGUCAUACGCGCGGUGUGCGCUUAUUAGAUAAUGUG